AUGUCUUCAUACUCCUCUCUCAGCGCAGCCGCCGACGAGCGCAAAGCUCGUCUGGCUAAGCUCGCCUCUCUCAAGCGCAAGCAACCCGAGGACGACCACCCACCAUCACAGGACCAGCAGCCAGAGCAGUCAGCAGCAGAAUCAAAGCAAGAAGGCGACUCUUCCCAGGCCUCCGACCCCGUCCUACAACAUCUCUCCCUCCGCAAUUAUGACCCGGUCACGAGGGGCCCCAAACUCGGUUUUGAAGCCCCUCCAACCGAAAACCUGAACACCCUGACGCUGGAAGAAAAGGCGGCAGCCCUCGAAGCAGAAGCACGACGCAAGGCGCAGGAAGAGCAAGAAGCCGCGGCGCAGGCGCGAGGUCUGGACAUAACGACGCUGCAGCCCAAGAAGCCGAAUUGGGAUCUCAAGCGAGAGUUUAAGCAGCGCAUGGCAGUCUUAGAUGUUCGCACCGAGAACGCAAUCGCACGGAUGGUGAGAGAGCGGUUGGCAGAGAAGAAGAAGGCUAUAGUUGGUGCCUCUGCUGCAGCAUCUGGGGCUGCUGACGGGGCUGCCAGCGGGGGGGGAAACAACGGGAAGGGAGAAGAGGGCGUGUUGGAGGGUGCAGAAAUUCUGGAGGGUAUGAGGAUGCGAGAGAAGGAAGAGGAGGAAGAAGCGAGGAGGGAGAAAGAAGCUGAAGAAGCCGAGUUUGGCACAGCUUGA